AACGGUAAAACCUGGACGCUCAAGUAGGCCUUGGAAUAAUUUUCGCAUUCGUUUUCAUUAUCGUUGUCGUUUGGGUUCACAGAGUCCCAGUUCAAUCGGUGCUUUCAUUGUUAACACACCUAACAAAAUUCCUGUCCGUGUUUUUGGUACCAAAGGCAUGAAAAAGUAGUUAAAAUUUUGUGUUUUUUGUGAUUUUACUUCUGGAAAAAAAAGCCGGUACACCCAUACUGACACAAUAAGUUCUUCACCUUGUCAUCGUAGCAGAUCUUUAGUGCCAUUAACUUUGAAGUAAAAAUCCAAAACACAUCAAAAUGAGUAAGGCGGAUUCCAACUCCCGUCAGGGAUCCUACAAAUCCAACACCAUCAACACUCAGGACUCGCGCAUGCGUCGCCAUGAGGUGACCAUUGAGCUGCGCAAGUCGAAGAAGGAGGAUCAGAUGUUCAAACGACGAAACAUCAACGACGAGGAUCUUACCUCGCCCCUCAAGGAGCUGAACGGGCAGUCCCCGGUGCAGCUAUCGGUGGACGAGAUCGUGGCGGCUAUGAACAGCGAGGACCAGGAGCGCCAGUUCCUGGGAAUGCAGUCCGCCCGCAAGAUGCUCAGCCGCGAGCGCAACCCGCCCAUUGAUCUGAUGAUUGGACACGGCAUCGUUCCCAUUUGCAUCCGCUUCCUGCAGAACACCACCAACACCAUGUUGCAGUUCGAGGCUGCCUGGGCUCUCACCAACAUUGCCUCCGGCACCUCCGACCAGACCCGCUGUGUCAUUGAGCACAACGCAGUCCCUCACUUCGUGGCUCUGCUCCAGUCCAAGUCCAUCAAUCUGGCCGAGCAGGCAGUCUGGGCUCUGGGCAACAUUGCCGGCGACGGCGCCAGUGCCCGCGACAUUGUUAUCCAUCACAACGUGAUCGAUGGCAUUCUGCCGCUGAUCAACAACGAGACGCCGCUCUCCUUUCUGCGCAACAUUGUCUGGUUGAUGUCGAAUCUGUGCCGCAACAAGAACCCAUCGCCGCCGUUCGAGCAGGUGCGGCGGCUGUUGCCAGUCCUGUCGCAACUGUUGCUUAGCCAGGAUAUCCAGGUGCUGGCCGACGCCUGCUGGGCCCUGUCCUAUGUUACCGACGACGACAACAACAAGAUCCAGGCAGUGGUCGACUCUGAUGCCGUGCCGCGCUUGGUAAAGUUGCUUGAAAUGGACGAACCAAGCAUCAUUGUCCCAGCUCUUCGUAGUGUGGGCAACAUUGUGACUGGAACAGAUCAACAGACUGAUGUGGUUAUUGCCGCCGGAGGAUUACCCAGAUUGGGUCUUCUCUUGCAACACAGCAAGAGCAACAUUGUUAAGGAGGCAGCCUGGACAGUGAGCAACAUCACGGCUGGCAACCAAAAGCAGAUCCAGGCUGUCAUUCAGGCCGGCAUCUUCCAGCAGCUACGCCACGUGCUGGAGAAGGGCGACUUCAAGGCCCAGAAGGAAGCUGCAUGGGCAGUGACCAACACCACCACCUCUGGCACUCCCGAGCAGAUUGUAGAUCUGAUUGAGAAGUUCAAGAUCCUGAAGCCAUUCAUCGAUCUUCUGGACGCCAAGGAUCCGCGAACCAUCAAAGUGGUGCAGACCGGUCUGUCCAAUCUGUUCGCCCUGGCCGAGAAGCUGGGCGGUACCGAGAACCUGUGCCUAAUGGUCGAAGAGAUGGGUGGCCUCGACAAGCUGGAGGCGUUGCAGCAGCACGAGAACGAGGAGGUCUACAAGAAGGCAUACGCCAUAAUAGACACCUACUUCAGCAACGGCGACGACGCGGUUGAGCAGGAGCUGGCCCCACAGGAGGUUAACGGGGCCCUCGAAUUCAGCACCACCCAGCCCAAGGCUCCCGAGGGUGGCUAUACAUUCUAGGCUCUGUACACCACUGGACCUUACCCACCCCGCUCACUUGCCUUGUACACACUUGCACACAUCCUCACACGCAUUUCCAUUUCUCUGACCAUAAAACUGCGACCGCGCUAACACAGUUUAUUAAUAUUUUUGCCACAAACUAUGCCAUUGUCAUCGAAAACACUUACCAGCGUAGACGACAGACACUAAACACCCAACCAACUCGACUCAACUCAACUCUACCCGCACAUUCCCGAACACUUGGAGGCAUGCAUGGCAGACACAGGCUGAUGCAUUUGCUUAGAUAAUAUUCACCACUUCACCUUAGAUCACUGACUGCGUCGGGUCAGAACCAUUACUACUACUAAUAACUCUGAACUCGUUAAUCCCACCGUUGCAUGAAUCGUUCAGUUUACACUUAACCGCCCAACCGCUACUGUGGCCAUUUCACGUGUGAUAAAUCCCGGGCUAUGCCACGCAGCACGGAUAUGGAGUACUUUAUUUACCUCGUUUCAAUUGCAACCUCCCCGGCAGCUGUGCUGUUGGGGGAAUCGUUGCCUACUCCAUCAUCCGUAUGUGGUGGCAUCAGCCCGCCUGUAUGUGUGUGCUAGGCUUUUUCAUUGAAAUCUUUUAGAGCACAAUUUUGGUUAUAUUUUAGGCUGUUAGCAAUUAUUUAUGUAUACUACAGGUACUCAUUUUAAUCCUCCACCUCACGCAAGCAUUACAACAACAAUCAACACCAACCCAUCAACUCAACCGGGUCGUCAUCCUCGUAUCGUAAUAUAAUGUUCAAUAAAUAAUGGAUUGUUUGAAUGAUUUAA